AUGCUUUCAGUCUCGCUCCUUAGCGCAUUACUGCUUUCUACCUGUGCUCUUGCCGCUCCCAUUGAGAAGCGAACUCCGCCAGGGAUCCCUUCUACCGCUGAGGCAAAGUCUGCUUUGGCAGGACUCACUGUGGCUGCCCAGGGUCCACAAACUGGGUAUUCACGCGAUCUCUUUCCUACUUGGAUCACCGUUUCCGGAACCUGCAACACCAGGGAGACUGUCCUCAAGCGUGAUGGUACCAAUGUUGUUACAGACAGUGCAUGUGCUUCUACUUCUGGCUCAUGGUACUCACCAUAUGACGGGGCAACGUGGACUGCUGCAUCAGACGUCGAUAUUGACCACAUGGUACCUCUGAGCAAUGCCUGGAAAAGCGGUGCAGCUGCAUGGACCACAGCUCAGAGACAAGCAUUCGCCAACGAUCUCACCAACCCUCAACUCCUCGCUGUGACUGAUAACGUCAAUCAAGCCAAGAGUGACUCUGGACCCGAGGACUGGAAGCCCCCGUUGACUUCCUAUUACUGCACAUACGCUAAGAUGUACACCAAAGUCAAGUCCGUCUACAAGCUGACGGUGACCACUGCGGAAAAGGCAGCAUUGACUAGCAUGUUGAAUACUUGUUAG